GGCGCACGCGCUCAAGCCUCUUGCUGCUCUUAGGGCCGCGCUUUGCCUUGGGUUUUCACUUCCUUCUCUUCCGAGCUGUAUCCGGGUCGUUGCUUUCUCUAUUGUCUCAGGCACUCGACCUCGGACUGUGCAAAUUCAUUUCUGGGUCUUUUGUUUCUUCUGGGGCAGGCUAAUAAAGUUUUCCUUUCUUUUAUUUUUUCUAACAGUUUUAACGGAGGAAAUUAACUCCCCAGAGCUGCCGGGGCCUAAGGGAGCCUCUGGCAGGGAGGGGAGCGCCGUGGGAAGGGGCGCGAGCAGCCGGGGCCGGUUCGGCAAGGACUAGGGGGCGGGGUGGGGGGGCGGGAGGGGCUGCUCUUGAGGCGCCCGGGUCCGGUCCGCGGCGCUGCCGCCGAUUUUAAGUAGCAUCUUUCGGAUUUGUUCCCGCGGUAUCAGUCCAGACCUCAGCGCUGCCUAGGCUCUCGCAGCCUCUCCCUAGGUCUCCUCCAAACGACCACCUCACGGAUUCCUUAUGGAUCGCAGCUCCAAGAGGAGGCAGGUGAAGCCUUUGGCAGCUUCUCUGCUAGAAGCUCUCGAUUAUGAUAGUUCAGAUGACAGUGAUUUUAAAGUUGGAGAUGCCUCAGAUUCUGAAGGGAGUGGUAAUGGAAGUGAAGAUCCUUCAAAGGACAGUGGAGAAGGUUCCUGUAGUGAUUCUGAAGAAAAUAUUUUAGAAGAAGAACUGAAUGAAGAUAUUAAAGUAAAAGAGGAACAACUUAAAAAUUCUGCAGAGGAAGAAAUACUGUCAUCAGAAAAACAGUUAAUUAAAAUGGAAAAGAAGGAGGAAGAAGAAAAUGGAGAAAGACCUAGAAAGAAAAAGGAGAAAGAGAAGGAAAAGGAAAAAGAGAAGGAGAAAGAAAAGGAGAAAGAGAAGGAGAGAGAGGAUAAAGAAAAAGCAACAGUAUCUGAUAAUGUGGCUGCUUCUGCUGCUGCCACCACACCAGCCACAAGUCCUGCUGUUAACACAUCUCCUUCAGUCCCCACUGCAGCAACCACUACAGAGGAACAAGUCAGUGAGCCAAAAAAGUGGAAUCUUCGUCGAAAUCGACCACUUUUGGAUUUUGUUUCCAUGGAAGAGCUGAAUGAUAUGGAUGACUAUGACAGCGAAGAUGACAAUGAUUGGCGACCUACUGUAGUAAAGAGAAAGGGGAGAUCUGCAUCUCAGAAAGAAGGAAGUGAUGGAGACAAUGAAGAUGAUGAAGAUGAGGGAAGUGGGAGUGAUGAGGAUGAGAAUGAUGAAGGCAAUGAUGAAGAUCAUAGCAGCCCUGCCAGUGAAGGGGGUUGCAAGAAGAAGAAGAGUAAAGUUCUUAGCAGAAACAGUGCUGAUGAUGAGGAACUGACCAAUGAUAGCCUGACACUAUCUCAAAGCAAGAGUAAUGAGGACUCGCUGAUUCUUGAGAAGAGCCAAAACUGGAGUUCUCAAAAAAUGGACCACAUUCUGAUUUGCUGUGUUUGUCUUGGAGAUAAUAGCGAGGAUGCUGAUGAAAUAAUUCAGUGUGACAAUUGUGGCAUUACAGUCCAUGAAGGUUGCUAUGGAGUUGAUGGAGAGAGUGACUCUAUUAUGAGUUCAGCUUCUGAAAACUCCACGGAACCUUGGUUUUGUGAUGCCUGUAAAUGUGGUGUUUCCCCUAGCUGUGAACUGUGUCCUAAUCAGGAUGGAAUUUUCAAGGAGACAGAUGCUGGAAGAUGGGUUCACAUUGUAUGUGCCCUAUAUGUUCCCGGAGUAGCCUUUGGAGAUAUUGACAAAUUACGACCAGUAACACUAACAGAAAUGAACUAUUCCAAAUAUGGUGCCAAGGAGUGUAGCUUCUGUGAAGACCCUCGUUUUGCUAGAACUGGAGUUUGUAUUAGCUGUGAUGCAGGGAUGUGCAGAGCCUAUUUCCAUGUGACCUGUGCCCAGAAGGAAGGUCUGCUUUCAGAGGCAGCAGCAGAAGAGGAUAUAGCAGAUCCAUUUUUUGCUUAUUGUAAGCAGCAUGCAGAUAGGUUAGACAGAAAAUGGAAGAGAAAAAACUAUCUGGCUCUACAAUCCUACUGUAAAAUGUCUUUGCAAGAGAGGGAGAAGCAACUGUCACCAGAAGCACAGGCAAGGAUCAAUGCCCGGCUUCAGCAGUAUCGUGCCAAAGCAGAACUAGCUCGAUCUACCAGACCUCAGGCCUGGGUUCCGAGGGAAAAAUUGCCCAGACCACUUACUAGCAGUGCUUCAGCCAUUCGUAAGCUGAUGCGGAAAGCAGAGCUAAUGGGGAUCAGUACAGAUAUCUUUCCAGUGGACAAUUCAGAUACUAGUUCUAGUGUGGAUGGAAGGAGAAAGCAUAAGCAACCUGCUCUCACUGCUGAUUUUGUGAAUUAUUACUUUGAGAGAAAUAUGCGCAUGAUUCAAAUUCAGGAAAAUAUGGCUGAACAAAAGAAUAUAAAGGAUAAAUUAGAGAAUGAACAGGAAAAGCUCCAUGUGGAAUAUAAUAAGCUAUGUGAAUCUUUAGAAGAACUGCAGAAUCUGAAUGGAAAACUUCGAAGCGAAGGGCAAGGAAUAUGGGCCUUACUAGGCAGAAUCACAGGGCAGAAGUUGAACAUACCGGCAAUUUUGCGAGCACCCAAGGAGAGAAAACCAAGUAAAAAAGAAGGAGGCGCACAAAAGACAUCUAUCCUUCCUGCAGUACUUUAUAGUUGUGGAAUUUGUAAGAAGAACCAUGAUCAGCAUCUUCUUUUAUUGUGUGAUACCUGUAAACUCCAUUACCACCUUGGAUGUCUGGACCCUCCUCUUACGAGGAUGCCAAGAAAGACCAAGAACAGUUACUGGCAGUGUUCAGAAUGUGACCAGGCAGGGAGCAGUGACAUGGAAGCAGACAUGGCCAUGGAAACCUUACCAGAUGGGACCAAACGAUCAAGGAGGCAGAUUAAGGAACCGGUGAAAUUUGUUCCACAGGAUAUGCCUCCAGAACCCAAGAAGAUUCCAAUAAGAAACACGAGAACCAGAGGACGAAAGCGAAGCUUCAUUCCUGAGGAAGAAAAACAUGAGGAAAGAAUUCCUAGAGAGAGAAGGCAGAGGCAGUCUGUGUUACAAAAGAAGCCUAAGGCUGAAGAUUUACGAACUGAAUGUGCAACUUGCAAGGGAACUGGAGACAAUGAAAAUCUUGUCAGAUACCCUUCAUGAGACCCAACUCUGCCACAGCUCAUCCUCGGAGGCAAUCCUGGAAACCUCUUUUAUAAGUGUGAUUUUAAAAAUGUGGAUAACACUCUCAAUAGAGUACAUAAAGUAAAGGAGAACAGCUAUCUUGUCCUUCCCAUAAGCUUAUCACUGCAAAAAGUUGCCUUUGCUUGUCAGGUUUGGAUAGAAUGUAAUUGAUUGGUUUGUUGCUUGGACUGACAAGGCAGUUAAUUUGCCUGUGUGGAUUUUUUUCUAUAUUUUUCUUCUUCUUUUUUUUUUUCCUUGCACUAAUCAGAAACAUUUGAUAUGUGCAUUGUUGAAUAAUAGUAGAUAAUGUCUUGUCAGAAUUGUCCUAUUAAGUAAUGUCUUUCCCUCUUGCUUCUUUGGCAAAUGAUGAUAUGCAGUGUUUGGACUUACUGAAGAGUUUUGGAAGCCUGUGGGACUUAAGUGCAAUGUGCUACUCAUUGUUGUUGAACAAUACCAGUAACAAACAAGAAAGACAAUGCAUUCCACUAGUCUGCUAUUCUGUUUCAUCCAAUUUAAAACAUAUAUUCAUAUGUGAAAUAUUACAUUGGGAAACAACUAUAGACUCUUAUUUAAUGGUUAUUCCUAUUUAUAAUAUUCAGCAAAAGUAAAAAACUUGUGAAGCAUAUGCCAUUCUAGUUUUGGCUCAUUAGUCCUAGUGUGAAAGCACUAAUAUUAUUAGCAUGAAACUUUUACAACUUCAAAUUUUAAGCUCAUUAGUAAAAUAUAUCUGUGUUGAUCUCUAGAUAUUUUUUAGUAAUACCCAAUUUUAUUCAGUCUUCAUUGAUUUAAUACGAACUUUCUGUGUUCGAUAUAAUUUUAUUUUUCGUGACCUUAAAUUUGAGGUUAUGAAAUAAGGAGGGAGAUUCAAAGCUUAAUGACUAUACAACCUUCCAACUGAAAGAUCUUCAUCAACAUCUAUAUUUUUCCAGAGGUUUACAGAAUUAAAAUUUGAUCUUCAAGUUUUAAUGAUCCAGUUUUAAAUCAACGACAGAAAUAUGUUGAAUAUUCCAUCACUCCAUCUUGAACUGAUUUAGAAGAGACUCUUGGCUGAAAUUGAAAUGUACAUAUACAUGUAAUUGUUAACUUGUUUCUUGGAAUUUCCUGAUUUAUAAAUGUGGUUUGGACAUCUUUUCAGGUAUAGUGGCAAUUGAAAAUAGUUUAAACUGUAGGAAUAGAAUAGGCGAUGUUUAGAUAAGCAAAAGCAAGUGUAAGUAUGAAAUUGCUGUAUGCUAGUAAUCUAUAGUUACAGUAAGGAACCUUAUUAUUGGAUAAGAUGUUUAAUAAAAGUAAUAUGUAUAUACAAUAUGUAUAAACUGAGAUUAUUAACUUAUCAAAAGAUCUUUUAACAUUGGAGGAAAAUUAUUAAUACCCUGUAGCAAAACCAGUAGGCAUUUUUUUUUCUGGAAUAAGGACUCAUUAUCUCUACGUAAGCUGAAGAGAAAGUUGAUAAUUAUUACUAUUGCUUAAUUGUAAUAGAUAAUAAGUAAAAUGACAGAUUGCCAUUUCCUUAAAAGAAUAUGCUAAUGUUCCUCACCCUCCUUUGAUAUAUAGUAAAAAUUACUAGUGGGUCAUUUUAUUUUAGAUUUUUUGAGAAACCAUUAAGCCUUGUGGUUUUGGUGUCACUAUUCAAAAUCCUUUCCACCGGGUUUUAAUUAGAAUACUACAUUAUCAUCAUUCUCUAUCUUAAAAUCUUCAGUGGUAGAUAUGCUAUUCCAUAUUUGUUGCUAACCCUAAAAUCUUUGUUGCACAUCACAAAGACAAAUCUCAUAAUUCAUAAGAUCAUUGGUACUGCAAACAUGUAAGAGAAAUUUUAAAGGGAGUAGAAUUAAACAUUUUCUCCUCAUAAUCUCCCGAGUGCUCUCAUAUUUCCACAGUAUAUAAUUAACUCUUUUCCAUGAUUGGUCCAAUUCCUAUUCAAAGGAGAUAUUAAUGAGCCCUUAAAAAAUAGGAGCAAAAUGAUACAUAUUUCACAGGUGUGUGAAAUCGGUAGGUUAGGUAAAUGAUGGCUAUUUCUCACAAAGUAGAGAGAGGAAAAAUACACUAAUUCUAUCAGGAAGGAAAUUAAAUGAUUCAGAAGUACAAGAAGAAUGACAUAGUAGUAUAUAGUGGUGAUUCUCAAACUUUACAGUGCAUCAGAGUCACAGGAAGGAUUUGUUAAAACACAGAUUGCUGUCCAUUCCAUCUUCUUAUUAUCCUCUUCCCUACCUUACUCCUCCUGUCUCCCUCCAGUUUCUGAUUCAGUAGGUGUGGGAUGAGGCUUGAAAAUUUGCAUUUUUAACAAGUUCCUGAGUGAUACUGAUGGCCAGGGACCACCACUUUGAGAACCAUUUGUAUAUAAUAGGUUUUAAAAGAAUCAUUGUGUUGUGGUUACAUUGAUUGAAGAUGGCAUUAAUGUCUUGAAAAGAGCCCUUAAGUUUUCCAAAAAUAUUUGUUUCUAGAUAAGUUUAUAGGAGUUGUAUCUAUAACAUACACUGUCUUUCUUUUUAUAAAUUCAUUUAAGCAAUUUUUUUUACUUUUUAAGUUUUAAUUUUAAUUAUUAUGGGGACAGCACUAUUUUAUGUAACUAAUUUAUGAAAUUGGUCAAAGAACAUAGCCUUUGUACAUAAUUCACUACUUUGCUUAUUUAAAAAAAGGUUGGAAAUUAGGGUUAUGUUUGAAUAUGCAAGGGUUAGCCUUAACCUUUAUCCAUCUUUAGUUUAGAAAGGAUAUUUAUGUAUCACUUACAUACCAUCAUUAUUCAUGUAUUGCUUGAUGUUUAUCUGAUUUUACACUGAUGACAUUAAAAAUAGAUUACUGACCAAUAAAUAAUAAUUUAUUAUCAUUAUCCUAUUUCCUUGUUUAUACAUCCUAUCACUUAAUGAGACCACUCUUUUUUAAACAGUGUUCCUUAUUUUACAUAACUUACCACUCUUUUACUUGAUUCACAAUAUGGAAAUAUUUUAUGAGUAUUUCAGCAAAAUCUAUUCAAGGAGUUGUAGAAGGACUUUCUACAGCAGAGUGGAAUGUAAUGUUUAAAUUUUUUUUUUUAUCUUCUGAAACUAUUUUUGACAAUUGAAACUUGUUUGAGAUACUCAGCUUUAGGGUGCAUGUAUAUGAAGAUAGAUUUUUUUCCUACCUGUCCGAGUCAGCACUUUGUAAAAUUACAUACUAUUAAGGAUUGUGAUUAAAAGUAUUUCUGAGAUGGACAUGGUUUGCAAAUACUUUCUCUGUAAGAACAUAGGCCUCUUUCUCCCAGUGCUCACUCUUUAGACUUUCUGCAGGCCUGCUGAUAAGAUUCACUGCUGUUCAGGUACAUAAGAUAAAAUGAAAUUGGAUGUUCAUGCUGGGUUUUCUAAAUAAAAUGAGAUUGACCCCCAGCUAUCAUCUCAUUUAUCUGAUUUACAUUGUAAAAUCAGGAUCUACACUAUUGAUUAGAGCAUAAUUAGUUAAUUAUGAGCAGGGAAAUACAAAGUUAUGUGGGGCUUGAGCACAGCAGGUUGUACUGCUGAAAAAUUUCCAAGGGCAUGAGCAGAUGGAGAUCAGUUUAUUAAAAAACAAAGCAGACGUGUUUCAGGUAUGGAAAUGUCUCAUCAUUCUCUCAUGCUGUGAGGCGGUACUUGACCUUAAUUAUGUAUUUUUAUAUGAAUUCUUUUGGUUUCAUGUUUUAUUUUUUUGUUUCCCUUUGGAUCUUGUAACCUAGCUGUUACAGAUGUAGCUAACUGAAUUGAUGUUAUUAUUUAAGUUAUCAUUAAAUAUGAAUUUGGAUUUCAGUAAUUAUCCAGAUACUUUUUUCAGUUAAUAUACUUUCAUGGGUAAAGAUUAUUUUUGUCUUUCUUACCACUCAUUCAUUCAUUAUUGCCUGUAAUAAAAAUAGAGGUCUAUAGUGGCACUAAUGAAAAAUGUUGAAGAUCUCCACAUUAGUCUUUUAUUUGUGACAUAUGAUCUAAAGUACAUUUUCUAAUUAUUUCAUUUAGAAAAUGGUUGUAUAGAUGGUUUGCACUAAAAUUGUAAAAUACAAGGAGUAAAAUGUCUUUACUGAUAUGAAAUGUUAUUAUGAUUGGUAGAAUACAAAAUUUUGUUUAAGCUUGUAUUAUUUUAAAAGUUAUUUAACUCAUGGGCCACAAUCCAGCAUUUUCUCCAUCCGUUAAUAUGAGUAAUUAAAAUAAUUGGCUACUAUUCAAUGAAAGAAUCCAUCACUACCAUUAAUAGAUUUGUGUGGGUGUUUUAAUUUGCUAGUGAAUUUUAUUUAAGUAAUGUUAAUAUUAAUUCUUUUGAUCUUUCUUAUAUAGAACUUUUACACAGAGAUCAUGAAAAAGUAAGGAAACCCAACCCAUCAGUUCUCUCAAUAUUUAGUCUGUUUCCUUUUGAGUGAAGAGAUGUAAUAGUAUAUAUUUUCAAUCAGUAUUUUACCGUAUAUAGACAUGGACCUAAAUAAAAUGUUCCUUGACAUAAAAAAUAGUUGUGAUUAUGAAUCAACUUGAUCACAAAAAAAUGUACAUCCCUUUUCAAGUCCCAUGUAUGGAUUUUUCUUCUUCUGAAAUUUAGCUUAUAAGUUGGCUAUAAGUUACAUGCAUAGGAGGUGCACUUAAUUGUUUCAGUUAGUUUAAAAAUAGUUAUUUAGUGUAUUCUAAUGAAAUUAUCAAUUGGAAAUUAAGAGGGUUAAAGAAAUCCUUUGGAAUAUUGGUUUUUAGCCUUUUUCUUGGUACAGGCAGAAAUAAAUCAGUUGUUUCUUUUUACAUGUAUUCAUGUCCUCAGUAAUCAGGUAAACCAAGGACUGCUUGUUGUAUGGAUCUUAGACAUGAACAUAAGUCAUUUUCUUCCUCUUCUUUGUCUAGGGUGCUAGACUUAACCAUAUGCUAAGUAAGUAUUUUAAAUACAUAUAGAAUUGUGUUUAUAUCUGCUUUAUUAUUUACAUUGUAUCCUUUAUGAAUCUGAUACCUAGGAAGUAAUAUUUAGUAAUAAUCUAAUUUAAAAAUCAGGUUUCCUUUCAUCUUAAUAAGUGGGAUUCAUUUUAUCUUAUUAAAACUGUAAUUUUAGAAUGCUCUAUAGUGUUAAUGUGUACAAUAUUUAUUAGGUGUUUAAAAGAUACUUCUUUAAGUAUCCUUUUAAUCCAAUUUGUAUUUUAUUUAAAAAAUCCAUAGUAUUUCUUUAUAGGUUAAUUUAAUAUUCUCUUUUAAAUAUUUUAAGAUACUGCCUUUCUACUUAGUAUAUGUGCUAUUGGUAUUAUAAUCUGUUUUUUUUUUUUUUUUACAUAGACAUUUGUGUUCUUUAAUAAAGUAUAUUGUGUUAUAUCAUUUGUGGGUCAAUGACUGCUCUUGGAAAAGAUUUUAAAACAUUGUAUUCACUAUUUUUGAUUAAUUAGAUAUAUAUAUAUUAUGUGCUGUAGUUAUGUGUUUCCAGGUAUAUGUGAGAAAUAGUAGAGACCAUAAAUAAUAAUUUGAUCAAUAACUACUUCAACUUUGUUUCACCUUUUAGGUAGCAGAAUGAUUGCAGACCCUUAGGAGUUUCUGCUUUUCAAUUUUUAAAAAAGAUCUAAAUUUGUAACAUGGCCAGAAUUUAUUGGCUGACAGAAGUUCCUUAAGUUUUCAAAGUGGAGUGUGUGUGAAUGAAAUAAGUAAUCCGAUUUUUAACAUCUACGGUUUCUUAAGUUCUUAAUGGUAUCUCUUGCAUUUGUCUAUGAUGUAUUCUUACAAAUUCUGUUGGAGUUUACUUUGUAUCAUCGAGGAUAUUUUUGUUAUCAGCACGUAAAGCUCUGGAUGUCCUCAGUAUUCUAAUGUAGAAACAACAGUACUUUUUCCACAUGGAAAUAAUUUUAGCCAUUUAUAGAAAGAGCUUUAAUUUGCAUAUUUAUUAACAGAACUGUUGAUUUCAAGAUUGAUUUAUUUCUCUUUGUGUUUUUCUUUCCUGGAUUUUGACAGUUCCUAAGUAUAUUAACUACUCUUUUUUUGUUAUUUAGUCUUGCAAUUGCAGUUUUUAUUUACUGGUGAGUGAGCUAUAACUUUAGAGAACUCUUAUAAUAUCCCCUUAAUUCUGACAAGCAAAUUUUGCCUUUCCUCUGAGACCCAUUACAAAUACAUUAGAGUUCCAUAUGGAGAUUAAGUCAUUCUAAAAGGUAUUACUAAUGAAGUACCCAGUAAGGAUUAUGUUAUUUCCAAAUGGCAUAUACUUCAACAUUAUCAUGUAACAAAUCUAGCAUAUAAAACCUUUCUUUUCUCUGUGCAUUUAUUCUUGAGCUGGUAACUUGAUUUUACAAUAAAUUGAAAUCUGGUACAAACUGGAACUCUAUCAGUGUAGCAAACUUGUUUUUAAGUUUAUUAGCUGGAAAUACAUAGAUAUAACAAGAAGAAUCACCUGCACCGAUGAAUGUGAAAAAUAAAUUAAAAUUUACCUUUAUAUUGAUUAUGGUGUUUGAUGUGAGUUAUACACUAUAAAUCGUAAUUUCAAGUUAGCUCAACACAGUUUUAAGGUAAAUAUGCAAUAAUUGGGUUGUAAUUUGAUAUGAACUAGGAAAACAUUAAUGCCAUAACUCUUCACCUAUCAAGAGCCUAGAUUGGCAAUCUGAACUCUAAGGAACAUUGUGCAAAAACCUGAAGUGAAGCAAAAAGGAUUAUAUUACCCAAAAUUGAGUCGAUAUACUUAACUCAGUAGAAGUUCUCAUUUUCAUGUCUUUUAAUUGUCUGUUUGCAUAGUUUUACUGAGGUUUAAGAUUUGUUUUCUAAAUCCACAACAAAUUAUUGUUAGGGAAAUGCUUAGACAAAUAGGGUCACAAUAUCAGAAAGCAGUAGCCCAUACUUUUUAAGCAAGUGAGGACCCUGAAAACCUAUAAAAAGUCGAAUAUGAGAAUUCAAACAGAACAGCAGAUGGAUAGUACUCCAAACAUAAAAGGCUGGCAUGCUGCUACACAUAGCAGCAUGUGUUACUUGUAUUCAUGACCCUGAGAUGACAAAGUAAAUUAUAUUUAAUGUAUUUUCUUGAUGAAGCAAAGAAUGUGAUUCUUUUUAAAUUUCCCAUCAAAGAUGAUUGAAAUACUAGUUUUAUGCUUGAAGGAAUAUGCACUCAGCUGUCUAGAAGUCUCAACCUCCUCAUAAAUUCAGAAGUACUCAUAUUCUGAAGGUUCCUGUAACUAUAUGUCAAGUAAUUGAAGUUCUAACUAUUGAAAGGUAAAUAAGUUGAAUUGACAAGAAAGAACAUAAAAUUGUGUGGGCUUGCUAUUUAGUCUCUUUAUGUUACAUUUGAUGUUAGCUAUAUGUUAUCUGUAAUUUUUCUUAAUGCUAGAACAACAGGUAUUUGAAUAAUUUGACUUUUAAAUAUCCUUUGGUUUAUUUAUAAUGGCAUAGUAAAUAAAAUGCUGUUAUUCCUGUUUGAUUUUAUUUUUCAUGUAGCUAGAAUUAUGGUAGACAAUUUUUUUCAAGGCUGUGUCCUGAGUCUAAAAAAAGGUUUUUGGAAAAGUGCAUAAGUUUAUUUCAUUCAUAAAGAGAAAGUUCUAGAGGAAGAAAUGCAUAAACUUGUGACAUAUUGUGUUUUAAAUUUCUUUAUAACUGAAUAACUUGGCUAAUUGGCUAACUUUCUGAAACUCUUGAUUUCUAAAAUGGGUCUUUGGACAAUUGGAUUUGGUAGCAUGAUUUGAAAUUUUUACAUAAAUGUAGGUUUAUAGUCCCCUUUAUUGUGAAAAACAAUUGUUUUUCUUUAUGUGUGGUUUAUAGCACUAAUUCCUUCCCCCUUUUUGCUAAUAAAGGUUACUAAAUAGUAAUUUUAUAUCUUAUUCAAGUAAUAACAUGUAUUAUAAAAUUUUUCUCUUGGUUUUGUAGUUGUGGAUUUCUCAAUGUUUAAAUCAGUAAGAGAAACCAUAUACAAAGAGAAUCUGAUAGAUUGAAGAAAAGUAUCUUAAGUUAAAAGAGCACAAAGAAAAUGAGGAUAUAAUCCUUUCUAUAACAUGUAUACAUAUUUGUUAUUUGCUGUCAAAUUUUGGUCUUGUUUUUCCAACUGAUGCAAUUUUUUUUUUUUUUUACAAAACAAUGAAA